GGCUCCAAUCGCGGCAGUGGGCGCAGCAGCGGCCGCGGCGAUGGGAAGCCAGGACCGGGGAGCGGCGCGCAGGACCCCCCGCCCCGGGAGCAGCAGCAGCAGCCGCCGCGGCCUCUCCCGGCAGGUGCCUGGGCAGAGCCUGGCCGAGGCCACGAUGACCUGAUCCCCCCCGGGGGACGCCCCCAGCCUGCUUCUCCUCCCCUCCAGCCUGGACGAGGGACUCCGCCGCACCGAGGAGCCGGCCGGAGGGAGCCCCGUCGCCCCCCACCCAGCUGGCCGACCGGCUGCGGGGCGAUCCCGGUUCGCGAAAUCCGGGAAGGGCGAAGAGGCGAGGCGAGGCGAGGCGAGCCGCGCUGCCUGGGCUCCUUUACCGCAAUGUCAAUUUCACCGGGCGAAGCCGGUCAAUUUCACCUCUAGCCCGCUGCGCGGAGCAUCUCCCGAAGGCCAUUCGGGGAGGGGGGCUUCUUCCGCCGCCGGCCUCUCUCCGUCUCUCCCACCCCCCUUCUUCUCAGAAGGCGGCUCUCGGACUUCGUGAGUGCCUCGUCUUCUCUGCGCCCCCCUCCUUUCCCCCCCCCCGUCUUCUCGACCUUGCUCCUCGCCGGUAGAAACCUGAGAGUCGCCUGAAAUUGGGAGGGGGGGGUGUUUCAGCACCUUUCCGGCCAGAGCCCUCUCCCCUCCUCGCGAGGAGGCGAUCUCAGCCUGUCUCCCCUCGAAAGGGGGAAGGGACGCGCGCCUCCCUUUCUCGCCUGCCCCUCUCCAAAGAUUCAGGCGGAAGAUUUCCUUCGCAGGCUGGUCUGCCCCCACCACCCCGGACCCCACCGCUCGGAACUGCGCUCUCCCCGGUCCGCCCCAGAAGCCCAGAGUUUGCAGGCGAGUCCGGGCUGUCUGCUUUCCCGGAACCGUCGAGGGAUCGCGGAGGGAGGGAGGGAGGGGGGCACCAGCGGUCCAGAGCGCGUCGGUUCCGCGAGCGGCGGGGGGGCUCCGAGGAGUUGCUGGCUCCCCCGACGGCAUUUGCAGGGAGCAAUGAGUCAUUUGCUCUCCGGGCGAGGAGACACCUGCUCGUGUGAGCCGGCUUGCCGAAGCGUCACCUGCAAGAAGCGGCGGCUUACUCACCCCUGUCACCAGGGCAGAUAAGCCCAGCUGAAGCCCGGGAGAGGGGAGGGACUCUGGCCAAGGACGCCCGGCUGGGGGAUGUGCGCGCCCCUUCCAGCCUGCUCCUCUUCCUCGCGCCCAGGAGCUGGCCAGCAGCAAGUCCCAGCGCGGCUCUGCUCCCCGCGUCCGCCAAGCCCCGCAGCCGGAGUCGCGCUUCCCACCUGGGAUGUUCUUUGAUGGCUUCUUUGAGGCGCGUGAAAGUCUUGCUGAUCCUCAACUUGAUCGCGGUGGCGGGCUUCGUCCUCUUCUUGGCCAAGUGCCGGCCCAUCGCGGUCAAGAGCGGCGACGCCUUCCACGAGAUUCACCCCCGGGCGGAAGUGGCCAACUUGACCGUCCACGCCGUCAACCCCAUCCAAGAUGCCGUCUUGAAGCGGCUCUCCCUGCUCGAAGACAUCGUCUACCGGCAGCUCAAUGGUCUGUCAAAAUCAUUAGGCCUCAUUGAAGGCUAUGGUGGCCGAGGUAAAGGUGGCCUGCCUGCUACCCUCUCCCCGGAGGAGGAAGAGAAGGCCAAGGGGCCGCAUGAGAAAUACGGCUACAAUUCCUACCUCAGUGAGAAAAUAUCGCUGGACCGUUCCAUACCCGAUUAUCGGCCAACCAAGUGUAAAGAGCUGAAAUACCCUAAGGAUCUUCCGCAGAUUUCCAUCAUUUUUAUUUUUGUGAACGAGGCGUUGUCAGUCAUCCUGCGUUCAGUGCACAGCGCAGUGAAUCACACGCCCGCUCACCUCCUGAAGGAGAUCAUCCUCGUUGACGACAACAGCGACGAAGAGGAGCUGAAGGCACCCCUAGAGGAGUAUGUCAACAAGCGAUACCCUGGCCUUGUGAAGGUCGUGCGCAACCAAAAAAGGGAAGGCCUGAUCCGCGCUCGCAUCGAAGGCUGGAAAGUUGCCUCCGGUCAGAUCACCGGCUUCUUUGAUGCACACGUGGAGUUCACAGCAGGCUGGGCCGAGCCAGUUCUCUCGCGAAUCCAGGGGAAUCGGAAAAGGGUCAUCCUUCCUUCGAUUGACAACAUCAAGCAGGACACCUUUGAGGUCCAGCGAUACGAGAAUUCAGCCCAUGGAUACAGUUGGGAGCUGUGGUGCAUGUACAUCAGCCCCCCGAAAGACUGGUGGGACGCUGGGGAUCCUUCGUUGCCAAUCCGGACCCCGGCAAUGAUCGGCUGUUCAUUCGUUGUGAACCGGAAGUUCUUUGGAGAAAUAGGCCUUCUGGAUCCAGGGAUGGAUGUAUAUGGUGGAGAAAACAUAGAACUUGGCAUUAAGGUGUGGCUCUGUGGCGGCAGCAUGGAAGUCCUCCCGUGCUCUCGAGUCGCGCACAUCGAACGCAAGAAGAAGCCGUACAACAACAACAUUGGCUUCUACACAAAGAGGAAUGCGCUGAGGGUGGCCGAGGUGUGGAUGGACGAUUACAAAUCCCACGUGUACAUUGCAUGGAACUUGCCUCUGGAGAAUCCAGGAAUUGAUAUAGGGGAUGUUUCUGAGAGAAAAGCACUGAGGAAAAGUUUGAAGUGCAAGAGCUUCCAGUGGUACUUGGACCACGUCUACCCGGAAAUGAGGCGAUAUAACAACACCGUUGCAUACGGGGAGCUCCGCAACAACAAAGUGAAAGACGUUUGCCUGGACCAAGGACCACAGGAGAACCACACAGCGAUCCUGUAUCCAUGCCACGGCUGGGGCCCGCAGCUUGCCCGCUACACCAAAGAAGGAUUUCUUCACUUGGGUGCUCUUGGGACCACGAUUCUCUUGCCUGAUACCCGAUGCCUGGUGGACAACAUGAAAAGCCAUUCCCCUCAGCUCCUUGAUUGUGAGAAAGUCAAGAGCAGUCUCCAUAAGCGCUGGAAUUUCAUACAGAAUGGGGCAAUUAUCAAUAAAGGGACAGGACGCUGUUUGGAAGUGGAAAACAAAGGCCUUUCGGGUAUGGAUCUUAUACUUCGCAGCUGCACAGGACAAAGGUGGACAAUUAAAAAUUUCAUCAAGUGAAAAGUUUGCCCUUUACUGAGGAACUAAUGAAACUGAACGCUCAGAAAGGACAUUUCGAAACAAACUCUCCGCUCUGUUCACAUUAUCAGGGACGGGUUUUAAGGGAAGUGAAGACAAAUUAAUUUUUUUUUUUAACUUUUAUUUAUUGAACUUUUCUUAACUUUUCUCGGCUGGUUUCAGCUGGCUUCCAGUUCCACAGCUUUCUCUCUCACAUAUUUAGAGUUUCUUUUUGGCAUGCGAUGCUAAGGAAGACGGGCUGACUUUCAAUUGAAGGACCAGGAAAUGGUACGAGAGGAUCCGAGAUAAACCUUGGCUUUCUUAAAACCGGAAUAUUCAGCAAGUUAGGCGACCAUGCGAUAUACACAUCCUGUCAAAGGCUGUUGAAGGAUCAUUUAGAAACUCACUUUUCCAGUCUUCUUCCAAACCGAUGGUGAAGCUUUGAAAAUCCUACGGGAAACCUGAACUUCUAAAAGUACAUUUCAGGAAGACGUGUGGGGAAAAAGAAAACCUUUUUUCCCUUGCACAGUUGUUGGAUUCUCACAAAGAACAGAAAUUCCCUCUCCCAACAACGUCAAUCGUGUGCAGAAUGACAAACCUGCUUCUAUGUGCAUUUUGUUCAUCCUUUUGCCAUUCUUAACAAGAGAGUGCACUAUUUUUGACAAGGAAUAUUUUCAUGAAGACUCGCUUGCCCCCCAACACUGGAGCCACACGAUUAAUUUUGGGUUUGCUUGGUUUUGUAAGCGUAAUGGCUCAGAAAAACUUUUCUUUUUAAAGAAAUGUUAAUUUGUGUGAUGUGCUUCAGACUGAAAAAUCCCAUUUUACUUGUUGGAAAUGUAUUACUAUUUGUUGUUGUGGACUAUUUUAUUACAUCCCUGUCCUUUAACCAUUGACGGAUGAGGAAAAUGCCAGGUUUGAUGGAAUAAUCCAGCAUAAAAACCCGCAGUUUAAAUCUGCAGGGAGAUAUGCUGGAUUUAAACCUGUGUGAAAUCCUAUCAACCACUAGAGGGAGCAAAAAUAUGCAAAAUUGACACACACACACACACAAAUACACACCCUUCCAAAGAAAGCAUCAACUUAGAAGCGAGGACAAUGAGAACAUGGGAAAGCUCUUUGUUUUCAACAUGAGUGAAAGCACAUGCAUUUGGAAUUCUGAGUGGUUCUAAUUUUUUUUCCAGAGUUUGUACAUGAUACUUGUAGAUGUACGUUGAUAUAACUUGAUUGGAUUUUAUCUCCUUUCCUCCCUAUUAAUGAUGGGUGGAUUGAUAAAAGAAUGCAGAAUAACCAUCUUAAUGUGAAAUAGCGGUCUUGAUGUGUCCGAUCCCUCCCAUCUUCCAUCAAAGGACUGCAAGUAGCACCUCAAAGGGUGUUCAAAGACCUUUGAGAACAACAAACCAGAAUAGCUGUAUCAAGGGAACUUCAAAUGUACAGUUAUAUCCAGAUUCUUUUGUUUGUUUGUUUUAAUACACAGCAGCACAGAUGCACAUGAGUGAAGUACCACACAAAAAGAAUCAUUUUUUGGCGGUGUUUUAUCAAGGUGCUUUGCACACAGUGCUGCUGUAGAACAGGAACGGGACAGGAUGUCAAGGAACGGACGUUCUAUGCAUGCUGUAACUCUGGAAUUGACAUUACUAGGAGGAGUGCGAUUCCAGAACAGGAAAGAAAUGGAGCAGGGAAGUCCAUUCUUUCUUAGUACCUCUGCAUUUGGUUUGACUUGGUGAUGGGGACAGCUCAAAUAGCCUUGCAUAGGCUGAGCGUCUCAGAGUUGCAAGCUAAGCCAAGUCGAUCUUGGUUAGUACUUGGAUGGGAGGCCACUGAGGAAGACUGGGGUUGCUAUGCAGAGGAAGGCCUCUGGCCUUGAAAAACCCACCAUCCUGAGUCAUUUGCAACCUAGCAAACAUACAGUUGUUGUUAUUAUUAUUGGGAAGUUGUAAAGAUUCAUCCUGUCGAAGGCUAAUUAAGUGAUUAUAUUGGGGUAACCACAGAGAGCUAGCUAGUGGUGGCUAGAGUGUCCAAGUAGGAUCUGGAAGAGCCGGGUUCAGUUCCCCUCUGCACUUGCUGGGUGUCUUUUGGGCCAGUCGUACCCUCUCGGGUUUGUUGUGAGCAUAAACGGAGGCAAGGGGAAAUGUGGUAAGCUGCUUUGGGUCCUCACUGGGGGCAUAAAAUGAACCCCACCCCCACCCCAAAUCAAUGCAGUGAAACACAGUUAUAGGAAGCCUGCCAUUUUGCAGAGAUUUAUUCACACGAACGAGUAGCACAGAAGUUUGGGGGCGGAAUGCAUAAGAACUAAACGCUAUGGUCCGUUGUGCCCCCAGCACAAAUACUCCAGCUAAGGAAAUGCAGCAAAAUCUACUCAUCUCUACAUACACAGUAUCUUAGGAUCCCACCAGGGCAGAAUAUUUUUGGGAGAUUCUGGGGGAGAAUUAGAACCUGGGGCCGUCUGUCUUGUUGAAACCCUGAGCAGCAAAACAAUAUUCAGUGUUCGCAGGUUAACGACUCGGACCCUCCCGGAAGGUUUCCAGACGCGUUAGGGGACUUACACCACCGUAACUGUGAAAAAAAACAACAACCUCAUGCCGCCCUCUACCUGUUUAUCCGCUCGCACAAGGUAUGCACACAGAUUCUGGGCACUAGUGGGGUGCUAGGUGUUGUAAGAGAUCUUGUAAAUUUCCACUUGCAGAUCGCUGGAUCCAAGACGGCGUUCUUAAUAUAUUCCAUAUGUUUACUUCCUCGUCUUUACUAUGGGAAAAUGUGUCAGUAGUCUGUCUCAUCCAGCCUACAAGUUACCAUGACGUCUGUGCUGCUCUUUCGAGAGUGCAAAGAGAGGAGCACCCUUUUAACUAUGGGGGUCUGAUGCGUGGUUGAGUGGGCUCUGAUUUGGCGGUGUUUGGGAGGAGUGUGGCUCCCUGUAUGCAAGAGGGGAACUGUUGGUUUUAUGAGAAAAACUGGUAGUGGGGGUUUCAUGAAACUGUCAAGCCAGAAAAGUACAUAUCCCCCCUCCCUUUUAUAUCCAAGUUUUGUUUGAUUCAACAAGCUUAGCUGGGCGUCCUUCCCCUUCAUUUCCCACCUCUGCCCUUUUCACUUCAAUCUGUUUCACAUCUUGUCCUGAAUUUGCUAAUUUGCAGUGAGUGUCAGUGGGGGCUGUUGAUGUAAUUUUGUUUCCUGUUCACCAUCUACUACAAUAAAUUUUAGCAAACGUGCUA